GUAAGAUACAAACGCCCCGAUAAGAUGACGCUAGUCAUCAUUGCAGACAGCUUCGGUACCUCAGUUGCUUUUGCAUGAACAGGGUCGUCAGUAUUCUUUCAAUAGUCCUCGCAUUAUCUUACCCUCCAGAGAGUUUGCAUUGCGUCUAUGAUUGGUUUGCAUUAGCCACAAUCUGCAAUGGAGGCUAACUUUUCAUGCGAAUCCAUUCCCAAUCCCAUUACCGCCCUUGCGUGGAUGCCUCCAAACCUUGCUUCACAGUAUGAAGCUAUUCGGUUUUUCUUCGCAGCUGUGCUUGGAGCAUGGAUAUGGGACGUUGUAAUGUCUCUUCCGGAUGAGCUGAAGAUGUUCAAGGCGAGACUAGUAUCCUUGCCUAAUUUUGUGUAUAUUUUGGCUAGACUUACAACUGGCGCGACGAUAUUGAUUUCCUUCCUCUUCUUAUCUGCGCCGACUGAAGACUGCCAGCGACUUGUCCGAAUCAACGGCUGGGUUGGAGUAUUCGCCAUUCCCUUACUCGAUGCUCUUUCUGCUUCGAGUAAGAGGCGUGUUUUAUCACUCGAGGUCGCUCAUUUGGAUCUUCUCCCUCCUUUGGCUGGGAACCUUUGUCUCAUUCAAUUGUGAACCAGGUCGACUCCGCAGGGUUUAUCGCUGUCGCGCUUUUUGACAUCGCUGUCUUCCUGGCGAUAUCCAUGCGUAUGAUGACUUUCAUUCCCGCCGACUCCUAGAAACAUCGCAUGGUAUCAUUUGUGAGCGGCCGGAAUAUGGGUUUGGUUUCCAGGGCUCUCCUGCAAAUGGGCCAGCUCUAUUAUUUGGCCUCUGUCCUCUCGAAUAUCACCGUAAUGGUCGUCCUAUUCGCCCCAGGAAUGACAC